GCGAGCGAGCGGCGGCGCUUGCCUUAUUUGGACAGUUGCGAGGGACGCUCGCUCGCUCGUCUAAAGAGCCCGAGCCCCUAGCCCGAAGACCAUUGAUCUCCUUUUGCUAGGGACUGCGAGCGCCGUGGUUUCUCAAAUGUCUUGUGGAGGUCGACGCUGCCUCUUCUCGUUCUCGUCGUCGUCGUUCGAUGCAGAGUGGGCGAGCAUGAAGGUGGGAAAUCUCUCUGCCGAGGAGCAGGGGAUGGCCAUUCGAGAUCGAUUUGCGAACAGGGGUGGGAACGAUGAUGGGCGCGACGGGCACGGGGCGUUUUUGGGCUUUUGAGAGACCUCGAGCGGAGCGGAUAGGGUUGCGAGUGGGGCAGUGAUUUUCGAGUGCGUGAAUGGUGACUGUGGAACCAAGGGAGGAGAAGUGGGGUCGAUAGCAGCGGAAGGAAGAAAGUCUGUCUGUUGGAAUGGCGAAUCAAAGGGAGGUGCAGUCGCAAUUGUUGGCUGGUGGGCAGCCGGCCGCAGUUGAAGGCUUUGUUCAAAUUGGCUUUGUAGAAGUGCUUCUCGUUCCGUGGGUUGCCAAAGGCGGCAAUGGAAGUUCGAAUGCAGAUAUUGAGCUUUGGACGCGCUGCCACUUACAAUCACAGGAAAUGGAGGCCGUCGUGAUUGUUGAGAAUUCCAAGUCUGUUUUAAUGCAAAUGAAGAAGGCAAUUAGGAACGAUGAGCCCAAGCAGGCGGCCGAUACACCUAUUAGCAGUAAAGUCCUAGAUUCAUGUCAGGUUGUGGAGGCAGGGGUUUCAGAUAUGGAGCUCACGUUUGGGAAGGAUUCCCCUCUUUUUCCUGGUGAGGAUACGCCGGAAGGAGAGGCCAACGGGGUAAGUCCCGGAGAUGGAGACCAAGGACAAUGUGCCAGGCGCAGGUCUAAGUGCUCGGCUUUGAAAAAUUACUACACUGCAACUUUGGAGCAGCUCCGUGAUUUGGAAAGGAAAAGUUACAUGCAAGUUACUGGAAGAGUGGUUUUCAGGCAGUGCGUAGAUAAUCAAGAAUACUUUGUUGUUCUCUUUGAUGUUUACAUACCUGGGAUGUUCUGCACACCUGGGCCACAUCACCGGUGGAAAGGCGGGACUCACGUAUCCGUCGGUCUUUCUCAUGUCAGUAACAACUAUGAGAGGAGGAGGCAAGUCCUGGACCAACGGCUGUCGUACAGCCUGGAAGACAUCUUCAACAUUGGCACUUGCCAUGUUAUAGGCUGCGAAACACAUUUGGAUCUGAGUGAGGCCGAGAAGAGUGAACGGUUCAACUUGAAUGCCAUCUUUUCGACUUUGCCGGGCAUUGUGAGGAGCGAAACAAGACUGAAUACAUGUGUGGAGCCUAGUGAACCAGUGCGCUUAGGGAAAACUGGUAUUUACCACUUACCUGAUGAAGUCUUAUCUGGAAUCCUGUCUAAGCUCAAUUCUAGUGACCUUUCCAGCUGCGCUGCAGUUUGUAGACAUUGUCGAGCGCUGGUGGGCACAGUUUUACCGUCCAUGAAUGUGAAGUUGUUUCCACAUCAAGAGUCAGCUGUGAGGUGGAUGUUGCAGAGAGAGCGAGUCCCUCAAGAACUCACUUAUCCUCAUAUUGGCCAUCUAUUCUCUGAAGAUGGAAAAGAGGUUUACUUUGACAAAGUGACAGGGGGGUUGUACUCAGAAGCCCUUCCUUCUGUGUUUGAUUUUAGAGGAGGUAUGGUGUGUGAUGAGCCAGGUCUGGGCAAGACUGUCACUGCUCUUUCCCUUAUCUUGAAGACCCAAGGAGUAGUGGCCACCGCUCCUCCAAAUGUGAACAUUCAGUGGUGUGAGCAUACGUCACAAAAAUGGACGGGCUAUUAUGAAGUAAGCACGAGAAAUGAUCCAUACCGUCCCAUGUCCACCUUGAAGAGGUGUUCACUGUUGAAGGGCAGGCGCGAUCAGUCCCCUGCAACAGUACUAGACUCACCAUCCUCGAGCCAUAGACUUUCUCCCUCUUCCCCUGCUUCCUCCUGUUCGACUUUUUCAAAAGCUGGGCUAGCCACCGACUUAAUGUGGCCAUUCAGUGGAGGUCAAGUUCUUCCUUUUCCAUCCCCUUCUACUCCCACCUCACAAACUGUUGAGUCACAUGCUUCUGGUACAUCAGAGUCACCUCAAGAUUCUUGUAGGGCUAAGCGGAAGUUGUGGGAUUCGUCUCCUGACAAUGCAUUCAAGAAGGCCAGGCGGUGUAGUACUCCGAAACGUCCAAAGGGACGUACGAAAGAAAAAAUGAAGGACAAUGAUUUACUUCAUGAUGAAGAUGAUAAAUGGGUACAGUGUGACGCCUGUGGGAAGUGGAGGAAGAUACCUGCGGAAGGGCGACCUCUCAAGGAGGGAAUGGCCUGGUUUUGUUCUAUGAAUGAAGAUGAACUUCAUCAGGAUUGUACUCUUCCGGAAGAGAUAUUUGACAAAAAUGAGAUGAUCACUUGCCUACCAGGAUUUGUUCAUAUGAGUAAGGAGACAGAUACAGAGGUCAAUGUUCCUUUUUUCAGGAAUGUAUUUAGAUCUCAUGUUCAAUCCAUUGACGAGGAGGCUAAGAAAGCCCUAAAGUGGUUGGGCGAUCUCCCGCGGGAGAAAGUGGUGAAGGCUGCUACCGAAGGUUUGCAGCUGCCUCCAACUCUGCAGAUGGCACCUGUGGGAGGCGUGGAGAAUCAUCCUUAUGAAAAGAUACUGGGGGCUUUCGGUCUGACGAAGAGGAAGGAGCGGAAGAAGAGCGUGAGAUGGUUCUACCCGAAGAAUCUCAACAAUCUAGUCUUUGAUUGUCUUGCUUUGAAAGAGGCAAUAGCUGAACCUGUGGAUGAGGUGAUGCGAUUCUACCUGUCAAAGGCUACUCUUGUGGUGGUACCUAACAAUUUGAUAGAGCAUUGGCGGACUCAGAUUCUCAAGCACAUCUCAAGGGAUCAACUCAGGUUCUUCAUCUGGACGGAUGUGAAAAGACUCCCAGCUGCCCACGUUCUAGCGUGGGAAUACGAUGUUGUGAUCACGACGUUCAGCAGGCUUAGUGCUGAGUGGAAUAAUCGGAAUACGAGUCCCCUAGCUAGGAUUCAUUGGCUACGGAUAGUGCUAGAUGAGGGACACACCCUGGGAGCUAGUAUAGCGUCGACUAAUAAACUCAAUAUGGCGGUCGGCAUGCGGGCCUGUCGACGAUGGAUCCUGACCGGAACUCCAACCCCUAAUACUCCGACCACUCAAGUUGGUCAUCUUCUGCCGAUGUUGAAGUUUCUGCAUGAGGAGAUUUACGGGAAUCACCCAAAGUUUUUUGACGCAGCCGUAUUAAGACCCUUCGAGGCAUGUACAGAGGAGGGUCGAAAUGCUCUUGUAAAUGUUUUGAGCAGGUGCAUGAUCAGUGCCAGGAAAUGUGAUCUGCGUUCCAUUCCGACAUGCACGCGGAAGAGGAAACUGCUAGAUUUUACCAAUGAGGAGCAUGCUGCCAGUUACAACGAGUUGGUGGUCACUGUGAAGAGAAAUAUCCUUAUGGCUGACUGGAGAGAUCCAUCUCAUAUUGAAUCUCUUUUGAACCCAAAAAAAUGGAAAGAACGGAAUAACACUUUGAGGAACGUACGCUUGUCAUGCUGUGUUGCCGGUCAUAUCAAAGUGUACAACGCAAAUCGUGAUAUAGACGACACCAUGGCCAUGCUUGUCGAGAAGGGAGUGUCUGAGAUGUCCCGUGAAUAUUACCAUAUCAGGAGCUGUCUCUUGAUAGGUGGUCUUUGUGAUAGGUGUUCUGAAUAUUCUAGAUUGCCAGCCAUCACACCAUGCCGGCAUCUUUUAUGCCUCACCUGUGUGGAACUUGAUUGCACCAAAUGCUCUUUGUGUAACCAUCCAUACCUGAUGCAAGUCCCUAAACCACGUCCAGACAAUCCGUCACCAAAGUGGCCUGUGCCCCAAAACCUUAUUGAGUUGCAGCCUUCUUAUGUGCAGGAUAAUUGGGAUCCAGAUUGGCGGCACACUACCAGCAGUAAAAUUGCGUACCUUGUUGGGCAGUUAUGGGAGAUGAAUACUAGGAACGAAAGGAUCUUUUCGCAGCAUUUGAACAUAAUGGUUCGGAAGGCAGCCGAGAAGGAAGUCAAACCAGAAAAAGCUAUCGUGUACUCUCAGUUUUUGGAGCACAUUAAUGUGAUUGAAAAGCAGUUUGUCGAUGCAGGUAUAAAUCAUGUAGGAAUGUACAGUCCGAUGCAGAUGAGAGACAAGAUGAAGUCCUUAAAGAGAUUUAAGGAAAUACCCGAGUGUACUGUCUUGAUAUUGGAUGGCAGUCAUGCCCUGGGACUGGACCUUAGUUUCGUUUCCAGGGUUUAUCUCAUGGAGCCUAUUUGGGACAGUAGCGUGGAAGAACAGGUGGUUAGUCGAGCCCAUCGCAUGGGGGCAUCUCAGCCUAUAACCGUUGAAACUUUGGCAAUGCGUGGAACAAUCGAAGAGCAAAUGAUUGCGAUCAAGGAAUCUAUUGUAAAGAGUGGAAGCAGCGGAAAGGAAUCAGCUGAGUAUUACUUACAACAGUUAGACUUUGUGCACGGGAAGAAAAGUUAGAGUAAAAUGUAAUCGGAAUUGUUUUUUGUACAGCUAUACGGGGAAUAUAUUCUUGAUAGGAGUACAGUAGAAUACACAUGAGGCGAAUUCCCCUUCUGAAUGUUCUGUAAGUUCAAUUUUGACAUUACCACAGAGAAGUGGUCCCGCACUAAACUAUCGACUUAUUAUAUUAGGUCUUUUCAAAUUCAACUGCAAGGGAAGAGUUCCAUAAAUUACUUGCGGAUUCAGUUCAGUUUUUCUUUUCCACUAAAGCCGCGAGGGACUAGUUCCGUAGAAUUGUUAGGUACAAAUCCAAAUAUCAUUGCAAUUGGUUAGGUAUAACCAAUUGCAAUUGGGUACCUCUUUUUAUGGAAUAUAUACCUCUUUCCAGUUAUAAUUGCAAUUUGUGUGGCACUUACAUUCUAUAUAUUAUAGACAUAUACUUGUUUCC